AAGACCAGUUUCCAAGGCUUUAAUAGCGUUGUAAAGUGUAUGAAACGAUACGUGGCAGUUGGAGCCUGCUAGUGUAUUCGUGCUACUAGGUCACCGGAUCUCACAUUUCCACCAAGUCGCGAGGGACAUAGAACGUUUGCGAAUGGCCAACUCAAUAUAGUGAAGUAGGAUGAGUAGCUCAAGCGAUACAAGUGUCGAUGUGUAUAUAGGACCGAGCUCACCGCUAUUAGCCUAUACACCUUCACGCAAUGGUGCCUCAGGUUCAGCAUGGUUCCAGAAUGAGGAUGGCUCAAGCGAAUGUGAAGGAUCUUCAACGUUUGCCGUCCAGAUAGAUUCGCUGUACUUCGGCGACAUUGCAUUUUACUGGUCAUCCUCGGCAUCCUACUCUGUCCAAGCGGGUCUUGACGGAUCACUCCAAAGUUGUUCGACCAGCUCCGGCGUCGCAGCGCUUACUUCAAGUUUUGGAAGUCAUUCGGCGAGGUUGGAGUGUGCUGGAGAUGGGUCAUCCUCGGGAUUUGAAUUGACUGGAGUCAAGUUGAAUACGCAGGUCGUUUCAUAUGGGAGCCCAUACAAUUCAACCCUUGACGAUGCUUCAUCUGAAGUCACUUACAGCGGAUUUGCAUCUACAUCCUCAUCACAAUCGACUGUCCCUGUCAUAAAAGGAGGAUCCUUCUACCAAGAUACGGUGAGCUACACGUCGAGCGCAGAUGCAUCUGCGAGCUUCACCUUUCAAGGCUCUGCUAUCUACAUCUUCGGCAUGACAGGGCCCGAAUUUGGCUGCUUUUCAAUUUCAAUCGACUCGAUCACUAUUGGCAUCUACAACGCCUCGACAACAUUUGAAACAUACCACACUCUGCUAUUCUUCACCACUUAUCUCGAUGCCUCGAAUGAACAUACAGUCAAAAUUACGAACGAAAAUGAUGGGAUGCUACUGGCCUUGGACUACUUUGUGGCCGUUCAACCUGGUACUAGCAAUAGAAGUGGGAACACUACUAUCUCAGGAAGCACGACGACGAGCUUGGCAAAAGGAAGUACGGCAACUGCAGAUUUUGGAGAUGGAAACACGAACAGCAAUCAGGGCUCAGGAGGUGACUCUACAGCUGCCAUUAUUGGCGGCAUAUUAGGCGGCUUAGGGGCAUUGUUCCUCAUAUGGUUUUUCUGGGCUUAUUGGCGAUGGAAAAAGGCCGGAGGCCAAGGGGAGCUUUUUGGUGCUAUCUGUGGAGGAAGACGGAAGAAACCUGGACCUCCUCCUCCAUCGGAGCCGAAACAGUAUCCAUUAUGGCCUAUGGUCUUAUCAAGGCCUAAAUACGCAGUAGGAUGAGCCUUUAUUUACAAAUUACAGGGUAUACAUCUCCAUUAACCUGUAGAAAUGUGGUAAAGGAGAUGAUAAAAGAAGUACGGAAACAGUAAUCAACAGCGCCAGCCUUCUUUCAAGCUCUUCAUUCCAGUAACUAACUCACGUCACUGCUGUUUCCGUGUAAGCUGCCAUGACUUUCCUUUUUUUCAGGCUGCAUAGAUCCCAU